AUGGUCUCCCUCUCCAAGAAGGACUUGAAGACAGCACUGGAGGUCUUUGCGGUCUUCCAGUGGGCUCUGAGUGCCUUUAUCAUUGUUUUAUCUGUGAUCUUUUUUCACCUCUACCUGGUGGUGUUCACAUCCUACUGGCUGCUGACUGUGUUCACGAUUAUCUGGCUGGUUUUUGACUGGAAGACCCCGCAGCGAGGUGGUCGACGGUCACAGUGGAUAAGGAGUUGGCGCCUAUGGAAGCAAUACCGAGACUACUUUCCACUCAAGCUGGUGAAGACUCAUGAACUAUCCCCCAAGCACAAUUACAUCAUCGCUUGUCACCCCCACGGGCUCCUGGCCCACAGCGCCUUUUGCCACUUUGCCACUGAGGCCUCCGGCUUCUCCAAGACCUUCCCCGGCAUCACCCCGUACAUGCUCACCUUGGGAGCUUUCUUUUGGGUGCCCGUCCUUAGGGAGUAUGUGAUGUCCAGUGGAGCGUGCUCUGUGAGCCAGGCCUCCAUGGAUUACCUGCUGACUGGCAAAGGUCAAGGCAAUGCUGUUGUGGUGGUGGUGGGUGGCCUGGCCGAAUGCCGUUAUGCCAGGCCGGGCUUGACCAAGCUUGUCCUGAAGAGACGUUAUGGCUUUGUACGCAUGGCCCUCCAGCACGGGGUGGCCCUGGUCCCCUCGUAUAACUUUGGAGAAAAUGAAGUCUACGAUCAGUACAUCUUCGCCCGGCGAGGCUGGGUCCACAGCUUCCAGGUGUGGUUCCAGAGGUUGGUGCACAUCUACCCCUGUGCCUUCUAUGGCCGCGGCUUCACCCAGAACUCCUGGGGCCUCCUGCCGUACAGUCGGCCCAUCACCACCAUCGUCGGGGAGCCCCUGCCAAUCCCCAAGAUUGAGAACCCGAGCCAGGAGACGGUGAACAAAUACCACGCUCUGUACGUCAAGGCCUUGCGGAAGCUGUUCGAUGAACACAAGACCCAGUAUGGGAUCUCGGAGACCCAGGAGCUAGAGAUCAUCUGAAAGCUGCCCAGCAGCCAGCUCCCUGAUCCGGGAAUGGCAGAACACAUGCAUGUAGGGGGGCUGAGGGCAGAGCCACGGGGCACCGAGACUCGGGACAGGGCAGGCAGGGACACGCCACGACAGCUCAGAACCUCUUCUUCGUGACCAGACCUCGGAGCCUCCGGCCUUGCACUGGCCCAGGGCCAGGCGAGGCAGGGGGCUAACAGGGAGCUCAGGGUCUCUCACAUGGGGAUGGCGAAUAAAAAGAC